AUGGAAGGCCUGGCUGAGAAAUGGGUGGAUAGAUGCGUCUCAAGAAAACCAGAUCCCUCCAUCUACAAGGACUAUGCAGGCACUGCCCAGGUUCUGAUCGUUAGUCAUAAAUCUCAGACAACAUUUACGAAAACUAUUUCUGCCGUCAAAGAAGAGGCACAACAUUAUGAAUACCGGGACAAUACAUGUACUGGUGAAUGCGACUUUUAUAAGCAGAUCAUAUGGGCCAAUUUAACUGAGGUUGGUUGUGCAAUGAAAACCUGCGUGACGUAUGUUCAGCGUAAAGUAACGCCGGCCAAUGUCGUGGUCUGUGUGUAUAAAAUUGCACAAAGGAUUGAUGACAUGAAGCCAUAUGAAGAGGGAGAGAGCUGUACCAAGUGCCCUCCUCAACAUAGAUGUGUCCGCAACCAAUGUGAGGAACACCUCGAACAGGUUGAGAGCAAGAACAGUGCAUACACCCUGCCUGAAUUCUAA